AGAGAUAUAUAUGUACACACAGAUCUCUCCAGUAGUCCCUCAUUAUAUUUCUUCUUUCUUCUUCAACAUCAUCAUCAUUAUAAUCUGUUCGGCUUCCCAUCUCCAUCUACAUCUCUCUGUUUAACUCUCUCUCCGAAGACUGAGGAGAGAUGGCAACAGAAACUCCUGUGGUGGUUGUUCCAAGUGCUCAAGUGGUUGGGAAUGCUUUCGUCGAGCAGUACUAUCACAUCCUUCACAAGUCUCCGGAGCUGGUUUACAGGUUCUAUCAGGAUGCCAGUGUUUUAAGUCGACCAGGGCUAAAUGGUGUUAUGUCAACAGUGUCAACCAUGAAUGCCAUAAAUCAGAAAAUCCUGUCGUUAAACUCCACAGACUACAAGGCAGAGAUUAAAACUGCAGAUGCUCAAUACUCUCACGUGGAUGGGGUAAUUGUUCUGGUAACAGGGUGUUUAACUGGGAAGGACAACGUAGGAAGGAAGUUCACACAGUCGUUUUUCCUGGCCCCACAGGAAAAGGGUUACUAUGUUAGAAAUGAUGUAUUUAGGUAUCUUGACGAGGAUCAAGUGCUGAAGCCCGAGACCGUGUUGGUUAACGGAACAAGUGAAAGCAUUACAGCAGCUCCAGUGCCUCAAGAACUUGAACCCUCUCAUGUUCCUGAGCCCGUGCCAGAUACCACAGCACCUAUUGAGAAGGAGCUGAGUAAUGGUGUUGAAGUUCAUGAGCAUCCGAACAAUGAGGUAGAGGUGGUUGUGCAGGAAGAGAUUGUUGAGGAGCCUCCUCAAGUUCAACCAGUGCAAAUUGAAGCUCGGCAAUUGGCAGAGCCUGCUGUGCCUGUGGUGCAAGGAGAUGCUCCAAAGAAGUCAUACGCUUCAAUUGUGAAAGUUGCAAAAGCAAAUGCUGGGCCUGCUCCUGUGAAUGUGCCCACUACCACUAUAAAGUUGAAACCUGCUACUGCUGGUCAAAAGGCACCUGCACCUGCAGCACCAACUCCAGCACAUGGAGCGUCAGCUCCUAAUAGCAACAGUGCUCCUGCCAAUAGCAAUGUUGUAGAAGAAGUUGAGGGGCACUCCAUAUAUAUCAAGAACCUGCCAACAACUGCAACAGACGAACAGGUCGAGAAAGAGUUCAAGAGUUUUGGGCCAAUUAAGCCAGGAGGUGUUCAAGUCAGAAGUAACAAGGGAUUCUGCUUUGGCUUUGUCGAAUUUGAACACUUGAGUUCCAUGCAAAAUGCCGUGAAGGCUGGGUCGGUUACUAUUGCGAGCCGCCAAGUUUAUAUCGAAGAAAAGAGAACCACAACAAGAGUUGGUGGCAGAGGCCGUGGCAAUUUCAGUGGAAGGGGUGGGUUCAGAAAUGAUUUCAGGGGUGGUCGUGGUGGUGGCAAUUUCAGCGGUGGACGAGGAUACCCAAGAAGUGAUUUUGGAAACCGUGGUGACUAUUCAGCACGACGUGGUCCAUCAGGAGGACGCGGUGAAGGCUACCAGCCAGUGGAGCAGAAUGGGAAUGGAAAAGUUGCAGGUGGUCGUCAAGGUGGAACGAACCAGGCCACUGUUACUGCUUGAAGAUCUUGAUGGUGGGUUAUGAUUUUUUUAAGAGAUAGAGCGGCAAAGUUUUCCGUGAUCAGUGUUUGAUACCUCUUGAAAUGAGGUUGGACAGUGAUGACGAUAGAUAUAAUUUCCGACAUUGCAUAGAAAGUCAUUUCUUUCGACUCUGGAAUGUAGUAUACUUUGAGCUGAUGAGAGUUUACUUAGAUGUAAUUUUUUUUUUCCUUUCACUUUUUGGAAAGUCCUAUUCCAAAUUUUGUGUGGUAGCACUGUUCAUAUUCAAGGAUUGGGUGCCCUAUUGGUACACCGAAGUAUUCUCGCAAGUAGAUUUUUUAGGGUUUAGAAUUCGCUAGGGUAAUUGAAAAACUUAAUCUGUUAAGUGCAAUUUGAUGGGCAAUCAUAACCCGUCCCAUUAAUUGACAAA